AUGCGUAUCCUUUCCGUUGCCGUCGCCGCCCUCGGCCUGAUCGGGGGUGGCGAGGCUUCUGUUACUCGCCGGCGAUGCGUUCGCUCGACCGGCCUCGCUUCCACCUUACCUCCUUCAACCUCCAUCUCAGCCACUGGAACUCCCACCGGCACACCCACAUCUGCUGCGACUCCAUCCUCGACUGAGAUCAUCAAGGUCGCCAACGCCGACUUCGCAGACGGAACCAAUGAAUGGACCAUCACCGGUAAAGGUACCUGGGUUGCCAACGAGGGCUACUCUGACGACAACACGCCCAAGGACGGCACCGUCGAGCUCGAGACUGAGGGCGAGGAUGACGAGGAUGACAACACAUCCGUCAACAAGAGACAGGCCAUCGUCGGCACAACUCUCUCCACCACUGUCCGACGCCUGACCCCCAACACCGACUACACUGUCAAGUUCUUCUACUGGGUCUUGAUUGCCACCCCCGCCAACAGCUGCCGCAUCCGUGCCUCGUUCAACGGCGUCAACUUUGCAGACACUCCCCGCUUCCCCGCUGCCUUUGGCAACGGCCCCUGGGGUGAACUCUCCGGCAAGGUGAGACCGACCGGCACCACUGGCACUCUGACCAUCUCCGUCGUCUGUGACCGACGUGGUCUGGCUCGCGUCUACAUUGACAAUGUCUCCGUCACUCGUGUCACUGCCUCCAGUACCAUUGCCGGUACUUCGAGAGUGAGCACCGUCUCGUCCUCGGCUGUCUCUUCUGGCAUCUCAUCUACUGCCACUACUUCGACAGUAUCAUCUGGCGUUUCAUCCACUGCCUCUUCCUCGGCAGUCUCGUCUGGUGUUUCAUCCACUGCCGCCUCGUCUUCGGCUGUUUCCUCGAGUGUCUCCUCGACUGCUGCUUCCUCUCCCGCAUCCUCAGAUGUUUCCUCUACUGUUGCUUCUACCGCUUCUGAUGUUUCAUCAAGUGCUACCUCGCCUGUCUCUUCAACAGUCUCCUCUACCAGUGCUGCAUCGACUGAUGCCUCCUCUACCCCCAGUGCCUCUUCUGGUUCCCAGACCGGAGCUAGCACUACGCCUUCCAGCACCGAUGCUCAGUCCAGCACUGCUGUGAGCUCCGACGUCAGCUCAACGCCCGUUGCCUCGACUGAGUCCAGCACCCCCGUCAGCUCCACUGCCAUCUCCAACACCGCUUCCGACAGCACUACACCUGUGAGCUCUACUGCUGCCUCCAGCACGGCUUCAGAUAGCACGACACCCGUUAGCUCGACCGGUAUCUCUAGCACAACCCCUGUUAGCUCUACCGAUGUUUCAAGCACAACACCCGUCAGUUCUACCGAUGUUUCAAGCACGACACCCGUUAGCUCUACCGAUAUCUCGAGCACUACACCAGUCAGCUCUACUGAUGUUUCAAGCACGACACCCGUUAGCUCUACCGAUAUCUCGAGCACUACACCAGUCAGAUCUACUGAUGUGUCAAGCACAACUCCCGUCAGUUCUACUGAUUCAAGCACAACUCCCGUCAGUUCUACUGAUGUCUCGAGCACAACACCCGUUAGCUCUACCGAUGUGUCAAGCACAACUCCUGUGAGCUCUACUGGUGUCUCAAGCACUCCUUCCGAGAGCAGCACCCCCGGUAGCUCCACCGCAGCUUCUACCACGCCCGGCAGCAGUUCUGAAAGCACCACUCCUGUUAGCUCCUCUGACGUCUCGAGCACCCCAACACCUAGCAGCAGUUCUGUUGACUCGACUACAACUCAUGCCAGCUCUACCCCUGUCUCAACCAGCAGUGUCGCCAGCAGCACUCCUGAGAGCAGCGCUAGCUCCACUCCGGUCUCUAGCACUUCAGCUACUAGCACUCCGGUCUCUAGCAGCACUCCUGUUUCCAGCACAACUCCCGUAUCCAGCAGCACCCCUGAGAGUAGCGCCACUUCCACUCCUGUGUCGAGCACUCCUGUCUCAAGCACAACUCCCGUCUCAAGCACAACUCCCGUCUCAAGCACAACUCCCGUCUCAAGCACAACUCCCGUCUCCAGUAGCACUCCCGUCUCUAGCAGCACCCCUAUCAGCAGUAGCACUCCUGUUUCAAGCACUACCCCCAUCUCGAGCACCACUCCCAUCUCCAGCAGCACUCUCAGCGCCACAUCUGCUCUCCCAUCUGCUACCAUUGACAGCAAGAUCCUCAUCAUUGCUAAGGAUCUCGUCACCGCUAAGCUGGGUAGCCUUGGUCUUCAGGCGUACGGUAUCCCCUUCGAGAACCUCCUUGUGCCUUCCGCCGGCACUCAGCUGCCUGUGCUGAACUCUUCCCGUACCGUCGGCAACUAUGGUGGUAUCAUUGUUCUCGACUCCGUAUCCUAUGAGUAUCCCGAAGGUUGGCGCAGCGCCAUCACCACGGAGCAAUGGACGACUAUUCACAACUACCAGACUGACUUCAACGUGCGUAUGGUCCGCAUCAACGAGUACCCCGGCUCUGGCUCUGGCACUCUGCCCGUCGGUGGUGGAUGCUGUAACGCUGGUGUCAAUCAGCCCGUCUACUUCUCCGAUGUCAGCGACUUCUCUACUGCCAAUGUCAAGGUUAACGCCGGUGUCACUACCGAGGGUCUUUACCACGUUCCCGCUUCCGUUACCGACGCCGCUACUACAAAGGUCGUUGCCAAGUUUGGCGCAGGGGGUGGUUUUGUCGAUGGUACUGUCGCUGCUGUCAUCAACAACUUCAGCGGCCGUGAACAAUUCGUCUGGUUCUUGAGCUGGGCUCCUGAGUGGUCUCUGACCUCCAGCUACCUUCAGCAUGGCCACAUCCACUGGAUGACCCGAGGUCUCUUCCUCGGCAAGCGUAAGACUCAUGUCCUCGCUCAGAUUGACGAUGUUAUGUUGGCGACUGGCAUGUACGAACCCCCUACCGUCGAGACCAAGAUUACUGUCGCCGAUGUGGAACAUCACGUCUCCUGGCAGAAGAAUCUCGCCGCUCGUCUUCCUCCUGGCUCUAGUUUCCGACUGGAGAUGGCCCACAAUGGUAACGGUAACAUCAUGGACGCUACCCUUGGCGCCGGAGGUGACUUGGUCUGUGUUCCCGAGGAAGCUGUCUACUACGAGUACUUGCCUGAUCCCCCCCAUGAGGUCAAGAAGCCGAUCAACACCGGUGUCGACCAGUGGCCAACCUGGGCCCAGCAGUAUCAGUGGCAGCCCAACUGCACCCUCAGCUCUCGUGAUCCACUGACCCAGUGGUUCGCCGUCCCCGCCAACCGCGAUGAGUUCAGCCACAUCUCGCACACAUUUACCCACCUCAACCAAAAUAACAUCACCUAUGCUGAUGCUUAUCGCGAGAUUAAGUUUAAUCAGGACUGGCUGAAGCAGAUUGGUAUUGAUCAGGCUCGCUACUAUUCUGGCAAGGGUCUUGUGCCCCCUCAGAUCACUGGUCUCUACAACGCUGAUGCCCUGAAGGCCUGGUUGGAUGCUGGUCUUGACAACGCUGUCGGUGACAACACCCGUCCUAUGACCCGGAACCCCGAUAACGCCUAUUGGCCUUUGAUUACCAAUGUUGACCGUAAUGGCUAUGACGGCGUCACUAUCAUCCCUCGCUACGCUACACGUAUCUACUACAACUGCCAUACCCACGCAUGCAACUUCAAGGAGUGGCAAGAUACCUCUGCGGGCACGGGCGACUUCAACGAGCUUCUCCGUGUCGAGAAAGAGGCUGUCAUGCGUAAUCUUUUGGCCCUCCAGUCUGACCCCUACAUGUUCCACCAGGCCAAUAUGUACUACACUGGCGUCGAGAGCAUUACCAUUGGUGACCAGACCGGCCAGAUGUCCCUCGUUACUGCCUGGACCGAGACCGUCCUCCAGGAGCUCAUGCGUCUCACCAACUGGCCCGUCAUCUCCAUGACGCAAGAUCUCGUCGCUGCGUACUUCCGUGACCGUAAGGCAGUCGACGACUGCAACCCCCAGCUCGCAUAUGGCUACUCGGACGAUGGCAAGGCGAUCAACAAGGUCAUCGUCACCGCCAACGGCAACUCCUGCAGUAGGCCUGUUCCAGUCACCCUCCCCUCGGGCUCUGCCUCUGCCUCUGGUGGAUCUACCUCCAAUGACAAGGUUGGUACUGAGCCCCCUAUCGAGUGGGUUACCCUCAACGGCUCUCCCGUCACCCUUACCUUGGCCUCGCCCGUCACUGUCGCUCAGGGCUCGUCGCCUACUGUUGAAUAG